AAAAGAUUUGAGACAAUCCUGCCAGAAUCCUUAUCCUGAUGCUGUGGUAGAAAGGACUAAUGCAGCUCUUUAAGUCAGAAAAUAGGAAAAGCAGAUUAAAUCCCUGUGUCAAAGCAUUAGGGAGGCUCAUUGUGGGAUUCUAUAUCUUGAAAAGGAUUCAGGAAAAUCAGAGAGGCUCUGUAGAGCAGAAACACAAAAAAUGGCUUGAGGGUGGGAGGAAAAGCCUGGCAGAAAGAGAAUUAAGCGACUCAGUAUAUUUAGCUUUUCAGAAAGACGGAUGAGGGGGGGUUUGCCUGCAGCAUAUGUGUAGUGUCACAAAGAGAAAAUGCCAGGCUCUGAAAGGCUCUUUAAUCAAGCAGAAGGCAGAAUAAAAUGGUAUGUCUGCAAGCUGAAGCCAGACACAGGGAGGUGGGAUGCUCUUCUGAACGUGAGUGUGAGGGACUCCUGAAACAGACCCAGAAAAGUGGGAGUCUUCAAUGAUUGUCUUCAAUGCAAGCCUACCUCCUCUCUUGGAAACUCUGAGUGAACCAAACAUAGUGUAUUGGAAUUACUGCAAGGAGAUGAACUGCUGAGCAGGGUGCUGGCCAGGGGCUUGCACUUGCAUGACUGCCUGCCAGGUGGGACCAUUGGGUCACAUCCUCUGAGGAAGAUCCUUGGAAAGCUGCUCCACUCAGGCAGAGUACUUGGGGAGGCAAUCAGGCAGGCUCCAGAUGUUUACCUGCUCCCAAAGUGGUCAUGUAGAAGAGCAGAUUUAAUGUGAAGAUGGGACUCUUGGUGUUUAUGCGUAACCUGCUGCUAGCCCUCUGCCUCUUUCUGGUUCUGGGAUUUCUGUAUUAUUCUGCUUGGAAGUUGCACCUUCUCAGAUGGGAAGAUUCAAAUUCAGUGGUUCUUUCCUUUGACUCCGUUGGACACACAAUAGGCUCAGGAAGGAGAGAGAGAAAAACUGUGGCUAUUGUGCUUCCGCUGUCCAUCCCAUCUCACCUUGCUGCAGACCCAGGAAAAGACAGAGCCCAGAAAGAACCCACAGAAACCAUGGCAGCUCCAGGCCCAGCCAUUCCCAAGUAUGACAAACUGGGCUUUCUCCUGAACCUGGACUCAAAAUUGCCUCCAGAACUAGCAUCAAAGUAUGCCAAUUUCUCUGAGGGAAUGUGCAAGCCAGGCUAUGCAUCAGCGCUCAUGACUGUCAUCUUCCCAAAGUUCUCGAAGCCGGCACCAAUGUUCUUGGACGAUUCCUUCAGGAAAUGGGCACGUAUCAGGGACUUUGUACCCCCCUUUGGAAUUAAAGGACAAGAUAAUCUGAUCAAAGCCAUCCUGUCAGCAACCAAAGAUUAUCGUCUAACUCCAGCUCUUGACAGUCUCAGCUGCCGGCGAUGUAUUAUUGUGGGAAAUGGUGGAGUACUUGCAAAUAAGUCAUUGGGGUUAAAAAUUGAUGACUAUGAUGUUGUUGUCAGGCUGAACUCGGCUCCAGUGAAGGGCUUUGAAAAGGAUGUGGGUGGCAAGACAACACUCCGGAUCACAUAUCCCGAAGGUGCAAUCCAGAAAAUGGAGCAGUACGAGAAGGAUUCCCUGUUUGUCCUGGCAGGAUUCAAAUGGCAGGAUUUCAAGUGGCUGAAAUACAUUGUUUACAAGGAGAAAGUGAGUGCCUCUGAUGGCUUUUGGAAGUCAGUGGCAACCCGUGUGCCAAGGGAGCCCCAUGAGAUCCGUAUCCUGAACCCCUACUUCAUCCAGGAGGCAGCGUUCAGCUUCAUUGGACUGCCCUUCAACAACGGCCUCAUGGGCAGAGGGAACAUCCCCACCCUGGGAAGCGUAGCAAUAACCAUGGCGCUGCACAACUGCGACGAGGUGGCGGUGGCUGGCUUUGGCUACGACAUGAGCUCACCCAACGCACCGCUGCACUACUAUGAGAACAUCAAGAUGUCUGCCAUCAAAGAGUCCUGGACGCACAACAUCCAGCGGGAGAAGGAAUUCCUGAGAAAGCUGGUGAAAGCCCGAGUCAUCACUGACCUCACCAGUGGGAUCUGAGUGGCUGCAGCCACUGCAUCCAAGGGAGGAGAUGAAGACAUGCUGCAGCUCUGGGAGCAGGCACUGGCAGCCCCCUGCAAGAAUCCCACCUCACUGAAGACACACAGAGAUGCCCAGGUGCUCUGGGAAGACCCUCUUGCAUUGCCAGUCUGCAUGAGGGUUACAUCUCCCACCUCCAGGCCCAGAGCUGGCAGGAGGUGGGCAAGGGGCUGAGUGGACAGUUCUUGAACUCUGCAUCGCAGACAGAUCUUCUGCAUCCUGAAUUAGACAGGAAAGACUCAGGAGAGAGAAGAAAGGUUUGUGAAUACAAUGAUCAGUGCCAAAUGGGAGGUGAUGCUGCCCCGAGGCAGCAAAGCCUGAAUGUACAAAGUAUUAUUUUUUAAAAGACUCUGCUGGAACCAUACUAGAAAUACCAAGGUACAAGACAAAGUCUGCUUGCGCACAGCCCUGUGAAAAACCUGGCCUCUUCAUGCUCCAUCUGCAUUGUCACCAGCCUCUGACCUUUCCCCAGGAAAACAAAUCCAUCUAAAACUUCAGUGUCAUUGGUGCUGCUAUGAUUCAAAGGGAGAAUAAUGGCUUCCUCUCAUUCUCCACUUGGAGCUCCUGGAUGGAGAUGAGCAUGGGUUUGUUUUUCUGCAUUUUUCCUCACAUCCUCCACAGAGGCAGCAACAGCAGCCACUGACUUGGCUGUGUUUUCCAUAGCCAUUUGCUCUGCCUCUGCCCUGACCUGAGGUGGAGCAGGGAGCCAGUGGCUUUCUCUGCCUACAGCAGACCCUCCCCGCCUUCCUGCCUGCCACGAUGCAGAGGAGCCUGCCCCAUUGUGCUGAAGGCUUCCAGGCCUCUUGGUUUGUGCCUGCUGUGCAGGGCCCCUGAAGAGUCCGUGCAGACUUGUGUCACUGUUUCUGGACAGCAUCUCGCUUUGGUUUUGUGUGGGAGGGGAGUAAUUUAUUCUUUGGAAGGAGGUCAGAUCUUGAGCAGAGAUCUCAAGCUUUACAGUUUGAGAGCAGACUGCUGAAGAUGUUUGUUUUACGUUCCAGACUCAAUCAUGUUCCCUAUUUAAGCGACGUGUGACCUCAAUGAUGAUGGAACCUGAUGGGAACUCUCACCCUCUGCUCGGCCCCUGCUCACUCCAUUUCCAGGCUCCUCCUGUGCUGCUCUAGCACUGCUGCUCCUCCUGCUCUCAGGAGCACGUCCUUCCUUUGCCCUCUUGGUCCCAAGAUGCACUAUUUGCACAUUUGAUUUGUAUACGUAUUUCAGAGGAGCUGGAAUAAACUGAUCAACGUGGCCAAGUGCGAGGGCAGCAGGGUGGUCUCGUCCACCUGAAGAGCGUGGGCAGAAGGGAGGUUGCCAAGGGAAUGAGCAGUUCCAUGUGGAAAGUGGCUCCUGUGCUCUCCUGGCCUGGAGCAGGCUGGAGUGCACCCACAGGCACUGUCCCAGUACCUGGGUGUCAAGGCACUGGCACAGACCAGCCGGUGCUGGGGUCAGUGGAGGGGGAUCCCAGAGGGAUGUGGGUUGGGCUCAUGGUCCUGACACUGUGUCUGACAUAGCCCAGGGAUUGCAGUCUGCCUUGCUCUGGACUGAAGGGAGCAUGACCCUGUCAUGGGCAAGGAAUGCUCGGAGCAGGGCUCGCAUGGCUCCCCUAGACCAGCUCUGCACCUGCAGGGGUUGUGGCUUUGGACCUGAGACCCCCAAGGGGGUGUGCAGGAGGGGCAGGCAGUGGCCCAGGCGUGGGGCAGACCAGCAAACAGUACAGGAUGGUUUGAGAGCAGGCUGCAGGCAGAGGCAGCUCCCAGGACAUGGCGCUGAGUGCUGCUUACAGAGCAGUGUGGGAUGCCUCCCUCAGGAGCCUCUCCUGCCUGCUGUGCCUGUAGCCAAGGAGCUUGCUCAGGGGCAAGUCCUGCCCAGCUUCUUGUUGUGGCUGCUGUUUUCCUUGUUAUCUGGGAGCAGCUCAAAGUUCCUGCUGCUUCUGGGCUGCAGAAGGCAUGCUGGGAGGCUCUCCUUCCCUUUACCCUUCCCAUGUCCCAUCCCCACUGCUCUGGCCUCCCAGCCGGGCAGUCCCCAUUCCCCCAGGGACAUGCCUCCUUUCAGGAUGCUCUGUGAGGUUUGCAGCAGGUUUUUGAGCAUAUGCUGUGGCAGAUAUUCUUUUUAAAUAUCUCCCAAUUUGUUUAUCCUUCUUGCAGACUCCAUGGGACUGAAUUUCCAUGGAUCUCACCAGACAACCCUCCCUUUGCAGUUCCUGGGUGUCAGCCUGGCCUUGGGACCGUCUUCUGUUGAGUCCCAGCCAUGCUGGCAGGGGGAAUGCUUGGUCUGGGUCUGGCUGAGGCUGUGGCUGGGGAAGGGUUGACACCUACUCUCUCAGUCUUGGUGCUUUGACCAGCUGCCAUGAGAGCCCUAGGGCUGCAUCCAUGGGCUGCAGUGAGCUGAGGUGGCAGAGUGGGCAGAUGCAUCUGCAAGGAGGAGGGAAGAGCCUUUGGUGUCUCUGCUGGGACCCCCACAGAGGAUUAUUCAAUUGCAUUAUUGAACACUACAAAGCUCCAGAGCACUUUUAUCUUCCAACUCACUGGCUCCAGGUCCAAGGACACAGCAUGGCCUCUGCUCAGCCUUCCCUGUCAUCCCAGCUCUCCAUCACAGCCAUGAAUAGGUCCUGAUGGGAAGUUGACCCUGCAGACAGGGAGGUGACUCCAAGCCCUUCCCUCCACCUUGACAGGGAUCUCCAGGCAGAAGAGUCCAAGUGGAAUAGAUGAAUGCAUGGUCCAUAGUGACUGUGGUGGGUCAGGAUGACCUGCAUGCAGAAGGAAAGAGCAUUUUGGGGACCAAGACUCUCCUCUGGCUCACUGACACCACAGAGCAGCCCGUGGCCAGGUGAUGGGGCUCCAGCUGCAGGAGCAGUGCACAGCACUGGGUUUUGCUGCUGGGUGCUGUUCUUUUGGCUGCCUCCCCAGGUGCACCUGCAGCCACCUCCCGCCCUGGAGACGCCGCGGUGCGGGUCAGAGCAGGGUCAGUGGGACGGAUGUGAGUCUUGGCCUCUCCCUCACAGUGACUCACCUUGUCAGAUCGGAAGGGAGAGCCCAGGGGAAUUCUCCACAGCCUAAAUAUAGAGCGGGGUUGCCUGGUGCCUCUGAUGCGCCGUGGUGCAGAAAGGCCACUCGGGUGGCAGGGAACUGCCUGGAGACAGCCCAGGGAAACACAGGGAGACCAGGGGCAGUGACCACUGUGGGUUUUGCUCCAGCUAGUGCAGAGAGCAGGUCUGGGGAGCUGCAGGGCAGCCUGCAUGUGCUGCUCUGGAGGACAGGAGGUGCUGGAGAGCUGCUGCUGCUGUCAUGCUGACCACACCAUGAACUGCUUGUGCAUUUCUGUCAGUGCCCACCACACUGGCACUGGGAUCCCACCACCAGCUCACCCUGUUAGGCUUGGCCAUGCUGUGGCCUCGAGCUCACACGGGCCAAAGGUAAGCACCAUGGCCAGGUAGCAUGAGGCAGCAGUGGGAUCCAGCCCAGCAUUCCUCAUCCCAGCAUCUCUGGGCUUCCAGUGUCUCCUUCCUUGGAGGGAGAAGUGGAGAGGUGCUGCCUGGCCAUGCUGUGCCGCCCCUUGAGUGUGAGCACUGCUGGGAGGGGGGGAAGGUGUCAGGACAGGGCCAUCUGUGUCAGAUGGGCACAGUUGGGUUGGGUACAGGCAGAACUGGACACGGGCAAGGGCUUCCAGAGUGUUUGGCAGGGAGGCAGCCACCAUGCUGAGCUCCAUGGGCACCAGCACAGUGUGUGCUCUCAGUCCAAGUGUGUGUCACUCACAGUAUUAGAGACGUGUCCUUCAGUGCAGGAGCCCCUUUGGGGCACAGCCCAGCCCCUCUGGGCUCUGGCUCCUUGCACAACCUGCACAGGGUCUCGAAAAGGCCAGUGCAUUUGCCGGUACUGUACCAAGCCAAGAUGUAAGAACUCAAUGAGUUUUUAAAAUUAGUUUUAGUUUCUGCAUUUUUUUUUAAAUUUUCCCUCUAGGCAGGGAGGGUAAGAGUCUUGCAGGCUCCUCCAAGCCGGCUUAUGUCACAUCAAUUCAGUCAUAUCACAGAAGCAAUAAAGCUAUCAAACAAG